UUACAUGGAAGUCGGAAUUACCGAGUCCCUAGCGGGAACGCCCGUAUGAAAUGUUCAACUUGGAAGUCAGAGCAUGCACACCACCUCUGAGUUAACAAUCAAUGAUGGCUGCCUCGUGUGUAAACGGAUGACAACUGGAAGACAUGAAGUGCACACUUGUGUUGAUCCAAACGCCACACGAUGUGUGUCAAGUAGGCGGACAGGCGAUGGAAUGGAGGGAGACAGGGGGCAGAUGGUAAAGAGGACGAGGGGCACGAGACCAUGACAGUGACGAGGACGCGAGUGAAAGGAUUAAAGACGCUUUUUCUGCCGGGUGAAUUCUAAAACGCAGUAGUGAGGCCAGAGCUCAUUGUCAUGUGACCUCCGUGGAUUAAAGCUUCCUUUGAAAGCUGCCCGUGUGUGCCAGUGGACCAAUGGUUCACUUCUGUACUUACACUUAAGUCUUUUUGAGUGCAUAAGCGCGUUCACAGUGAGAAGUACGGCAAAAUGCAGUGCACUGUCAGUACCCGGAUGUUACACUCAAAGGCUCAAAAUGGUGAGUGUGCAGUGCUAGACGCUUACCGCCCUCAAUAGUCUCCCUUUUGGGGGAGGGACUAACUUGAAAUAAUGGCCAGCUGAGGAACAACCCGGUGGUGGAAAGUAGUGAACAGAAAAAGUGGGGAAAUGUUGCUCUCAGCAUUUCUGGUGGUCUGACACGGUAACCCUGAAGAAAAGCUUACUGAACUCCACUGACAAAAGGUAUUCCACUUGACACACAGCAUAUGCCAAAUCUUGGCGACAGGUGCAGGGUGCACCUGGACAGGUCAACAAAUGUUUAAGAAAGCUAAUCUGUAAAUCAGAUUGUCCAUCUCACUUGCAAUCACGCCCUCCAGUGAAGAGCCAUUAAUGUUUGUUGACCAUCUGGCCAGCGACACCCCUGACAAAUGUAACAUCACAACUAAGAGGAUAAGGCUCGGUGUGUGUGCGUGUGCAUGUGUGUUUUAAUAACAGUCCAACCAGCAGACCAGUGUGCAGACGGACGAGACUGACGCCCCGCUCGGACGCAGAAGCUGCACGUUCGCAUUUUUUAUUUUGCGUCUUUCCUUCGCGACUCUGCAUGGCGGUGAGGUGUCGCUCCAACUCUCUGCAAAACGAGCAAGUGAUGUGUGCUCCGUAUGAAAGGGAAAGGCCAGGCAUUUUCUUCAGAGAUGAAGACAGCGGCGGCAAGGUUGGAGAGCCGGAGCCAGACUGUAGCAGGGGGUUCCGCAAAUCCCCCUCCCUGGAGAUCUACGGCCUACAGAGGGAGCAGCGGGUUCACUUCUCCAACCUGGAGUACUACAGGAGGCUGGAGGAGCUCAAGAACACUCACCUAAGGAACAUGGCCGAGCUGGAGAGGAUGUACAUCAGCCCGGGCGGCAGGGAGGAAGAUGGCGGCUGGCUGGAGAGAGAGAGCGACAAAGGGCCCAUCAGGGUUGCCUCCAGGAAGCUCCAGAGGAUCAAUUCCCAGGAGGAGUUGGACUUCCACGAGACAUCAAGUGGGUCUGACCAUUCUGAGCUCUCUGGAGACGACAAUAUGAAGGAUAUGGUGCACAACGGUCCGAGGAGGACUCUGAUCCGAGUGGUGAAAGAACAGAGAGACACGCUGCUAAGCCCAGAUGACCUGAUGAUCCAGAAGCACUUCAGGUUCCAGCGAAGGCUGCCAUGUCAAACAGGGUCAAAGCCAAGAUCCAAGUCCAAGGUCACGGUGCCCAGACCUUUCCAGAUGACGCUGAGAGAGGAGGAGCGCAAGAGGCACCAAGUGCGCACUCGCUCCGAGAUCGAGCUUGAGAACACGCUGCUUCGACAGGAGCUGGAAGAGCUCAAGGAGUGCCAGAAAAACUUUCGGGCCUCCCCAGCACCGGCGCACGUACACCUGCCUCUCUACGACAUCAUCAGACGUCGCUCGCGUGACAAGUGGCGCCCGGGAUCUGCCCGCUCCCUGCCACCCUUCCACUUCCUGGAGCGAGACAGGAGGAAGAAGGAAGCCCAGAUGUUGGCGGAGCUGGCCAUCGUCAGUCCACAAGAGGAGCGCCAUUCAUUCAAGGCCCGGCCCGUGCCCGGCUCGGUGUAUGCGGCCAGACACGGGGAAAGUCAACAGUCUCCUGCCGACUGCACUCUGACCCCCCUUGUUCCAGAUGUGCGAGGCGGGUCAAAUCCCUCCAGGCCUCAGUCGUCCAAGGCAGUGAAGAAGCAGAUCGAGCUGUCAAUUGAGCUGGUCAAAGAGAGCGAGUGGUCCUACAUUGACCCCCCAGGGGCCAAAGAGGACAUCAAAGGCAGAACACCUUGCCACGGUCUGACUAGCAGUAUGUGAGUGUCUAUGUGGAUGGAGGACACGACGGGGCAUUUGUCAAGGAAGAAGUCACCCGUGUUGGCAUGUGGUCCAAAUAGAGUAUCUCCCAAAAGUAAACAGUCCUCACAUUUCAGCAUUUCAUGAUAUCUUCUCAAUAUUUUAGAAAUGAAACAUACAUAACUUGCAAGCUUCUAUUAAAAUGAUCAAGUCAAAAUGCUAUACCCACGCCAAAUAUGCUACAUAUAUACCGAGUACAUAACAAAACCUUAAAGGGUAGUUAACAAAGUUGUAUGACAUCCCCAACAGUGACUUACUCCCCACUUGGUCCCGUGAGCCCAGUUCUGGUCGGAUUUGGGUGAUGAGGAACGUAGUUCUGAUUAGUUGCUGGGGUCAUUUAAGAGUUUGGCUUUUUAAAACAAUAUGCAUUCAAAAGAGUAAGGCAUUUGCAACACAAAAAUGUCUCCUCGGAAAAAAAUCACACCUCACAAAUCGCUCGGCGUUACUUUCCAUUCGUAUUGACGCACGCUAUCUCCCGUCUAUUGUUGUGUGAUGAAGAUAGCUGCGACUGCAAAAAUUUACAAGUCAUAUUCAGGAGAAUGAAGUCGUAAAUGUACAACUUUUUUCUCAUUAAUGAGAAUACAGUGUUCUCUCGCUACAUUGUAGUCACCUUUUGCGGAAUCGCUGUUUCAGAUUUUUUUAAAGUGCAGUUUUGCAUUUUUUUAACAGCGUUUGAAUGUACAUUGCGUUCUGCGUCCCUGUGGCGUAUUAGAACGAUCGAUCAGUGCUAUGUUGUGUGUCUGUUAUUGUAUUUACUACUGCUACCAGUAGAGGGUGUUGAAGACGUGUGCAGCUCCGCCUGUCUGUGUUUACGUGUCUGUACCAGCAUAUUAGGAACAGAUAGUAUACAAUAGCCAGCUAAAUAGAGCCACAACAAUCCUUAUUGGCCAAGGGAGAACCCGCCCAUUUUCUGUGUCCUGAUUGGCUGUAGACCACUGUCAAUCAAUCUCCUUUGUUCUGCAUGAGCCUCUUGCUAACCGGCAAUAAACAAUAGAAGCAGCAGCAGCUAACCGGCUAAAUGACUCUUUGGUUCAAGGAAAAGGAUGAGGGCGACGGCAGGAGCAACAUGUUGUCGCUAGCUAACUGCGUGAGCUGCUUGCUAACCACCAAUAACCAAUAGAAGCAGCAGCAGCAGACCGGCUAAAUUAAUCUUCCGUUCGAGGAGUAGGACGAAGAUGAUAACGGCAAGAGCAAUAUGUUUUAACAAGGAUACAAAAACGCUACUGCCGAACGGCACCAGGACGAAGCACGGUCACGCAUGAGUCACUUAAUUUGUUGUGUCCAACCUAGUAUAUUGAUCAUUAACUAUCAAUAUACUAGGGCAUUGACUAUCAGCUGAAAAUACGAUGGUGACUAUUGUACACGGGGUAUGCAUUUUACAGCAGGGUGGUUUUAUCUGGAAUUCAGAAAAGGGUGGAAGAUGUGGUUCUUGUAUGCCGCUUGAGUCAUCGUCUGCCACCAGACACAACAGGAGCCGGCUGAUUGCUUGCACCUGCUGGGAUUUCAUCGUUGCCACGGAGCGGUGACAGCAAAUCAUGAGGGAACGCCAGCUGACUGAAGACAUGUGACAGCCCCUGGUUGACGUUGUCACAUGCGUUACAUGUACUUGGUCCAGGUUGACGAGGUCCUUUCUCCGCCCCUCCCACCGUGCUCUUGUCUUGUUCCUUUUCAUUUACCUUUAUUCCUUCCUUGAGAGCGUCAAGGAAGAUGACAUCCUCUAGACAGACCUUUUUGUCACUUUCAUUGAUGUCAAUUAAGUCCUUCUCAAAUACAGGGAUUGCAUUCGAUGGAGUUUUGCCCAUCAUCCACGAUCCUUAUGUGAGAAAUGAGCACAUAUACCUUUCUGUCACAAGACAGCUUGUUACUGCAUGUAAUGGGAUACAUCUAUUACGCCAACAGACCGUGAUUAAAACACCCCCAAAAACCUCCAACAUGGUUUUAUAUACAUGCUGUGACCAUGUAGCAACAGGUACAGUCAUGAUAACAUGUAACAGUACUGUAUUUUGGCCCUUUUAAGCAUUACCGGAACAACCUUCCUGUGCGCAUAGCAACAUAGAAACCUUUUCCAAACUCAAAAAUAAAAACACAGCAGCAGCAGCUCCAAUAUGUAGCGUUACCUUUUGGUAGUGACUUGAGGCACUGUGAGUGCGACGCUGGCUGGCAAGUGCAGGCUGGCAUAAGUCCAAAAGAACUUGACACUUGAUAUCCAAGUUCUUUAGGACUUAUGCCAGCCUGCACUUGAAAAGGCUGAGAAGACACUAGAGGACGCUUUAUCAACUCGACUCCAGUUGAUUUGAACUAUUUACAAGAGGACAGAUUAGGUGGCUAACCUUUGAAUCAAAGAGGAACAGCAUCAAAUUACGACACAGUUGUGACUUAGGAACAAUAAUAGUUCUUACAUACCAGUGGUCUAUCCCGUCUUCCGGUUACAAUCAUUUGAAUAGUCUUUGUUGUACUUUCUGUUGUCUGCUGGAGUUCCCAAUUGUACAGUAUACUUUGUACCAUCACCUAGUAUCAUAUAAUGCGUAUCAUAGUUAUGUCACAUAGGUAUUGAACAAGUCAUCAUAAUUGCCAUCAUAAUUUGUAUCAGGGGUUUGAAAGACACGCACUUUUAGCAUCAUACUUAAAACAUAAAAAUUGUCAUGCUCUUUGAUGAGUACGCGUAUAGUCACGCUUCUUUUUAACAACGUAUUCUCAAAUAAGCCAAAUUCAACCGAACAGAUGAAGCUGGCCGGUGUGGUGUGGCAAGGUGUCAAUACGCUGGCAGCGGAGUUCCAUCGAUUGUGUUGUUGGCGCUUUUUGGAGUUUUUUUUCAGAAGGCUUUAAUGGCAGAAUAAAUGUUUCCCAUUGCGUGUAUUCUUAGCUAAGUCUUUUUAGCUGUUUUUAUUCCUUUAGAACGCACAGAAAAGAGACAUAUGUGUUCAUGUCUAACAUAAGGAUUGUGGAUGAUGGGUAAAAUUUCAAAAGUGCAGUUUUCCUUUAAAGGAGGGAUCUCCUUUACAGCAACAUGAUAAAGAAUGUUUGCUCCACCCGUCUUGAACUGCCUACAGUGCUCCAUCAUAGGUCAGUUUGAACAGCACAAGGCUCAUUGUUUUUCCCUAGAACCACUUGUCUGAGUGCUAGUGUUGUGGAACUUUUAUAGCCUGCUCGGAGGCCUACUUCGAUGUUAAGGAGGGGCCGAAUUUCAUCAAUAAUUUGGGCUCCACUGUUUGACCAGAAACCCUCCCACUAUUUACUCCUGCAUUUUUCUCCAUCACUGUUGUGAGUCAAAGUGUAACAGGUGAAACUUCAGCUUGCAAUUCACUCACCUGUUGUGUCACUGUGUGUCUAAUAAAGCAUAGACAGGAUAGCAUUUUUCUUGUGUGGGUUUGUUGCAGAUGACAUCCAAACUGGAACAAUCAUUGAAGCCCUUACAGAAUGUCCGUCUUGAGAGACACUGAGUUGCCCUUGAUUUUUGGCUCCUGUGUGAUAGAGAAAUUGGUAGUUUGAGGGGAAAAAACAAGGUAUUGGUGCAGUGUACAUCUGUGUACUAACAGCUGCAUAGUUAAAUGUUACAUGUUUAACUAUAAAACAACGUAUUAUGAAGGAUAUGAACAGGAUGACAUAUGACGAACAUUCAGAGUGUGUUCAGUUAUGCACGCUACACAAUAAUAUAAUUGUCCUGUCCAUAAACAUGCAGUGCAGAAUAAGUGUGGUCUGGAAGCUCUAGAGCAGGGGUGCUCACACUGGGUUGCUCACACUUUUUCAGCCCGCAAACUACUUGGAAAGAAGGAAAGAAGUUCUCGUACUGUUUGAAAUGAUCAAUAUAUGGCAAAAUACUCCAAGUAUUGCAUGUUAUCAUGAAUGUACAUGUUAGUGCAUGGUCACAGCAUGUAUAUAAAACCAUAAAACGUUGUUAGAGGUUUUUUAGAGGGGUUUAUAGUCAAAAUAGGCGUGUCCCAUAACGUGCAUUGUUAGCUCCCUCAUGCUAGCAGUCUCUCUCUCUCAUUAUCUCUCUUUAGAAUACACAGAAAAUGGAAAGACGUGUACUCAUGUUUCACAUAAGGAUUGUGGAUGAUGCGCAAAAUUCCACAAGUAAAAUUUCCUUUAAACAUCGUACCAACUAAGCAUGACAUUGGGAAGCACAUGUGCUCUUCACCUUCCUACGCUGCCAGUGAGCCAGCAGAUCAAUGAGCAGCGAACACUCAAUCAUGAUGGUCAUUACGGUACGCUUUAUUAAUCAAGCUUCCUCUGAGGGUUUUAUUUGUUUUUCUAUUGCAUUACAGGCCAGAUCGCUCAUUGAAGUAGAAUAGAACAAUAGAAAGCCAGUCAUUCUAAAUGAAAUCUUACCAUAAAGUAUUGCACUUUGUUAUGUGAAGACAAA